GCUUAACCGCCUAAAGCGCCCACCCUCCCGUGUGGGAACAAGUAAUAAACCAUGUCGUAUAAUCGCUUAGGUAUGUAUCAUGACAUUAUCUUCCCUAUACACCCUAUCCUUGGCAAUUCUUCUCUUCUCCCUUUCGCCUCUCUUUUCUUCACUGCCGCUCGGUGUCGCCUUUUCGUCUUUGAGCAGCCACAGUCAUCGUCAUAACCCCCCUUACACACGCUCACUUUAACACCAACAACGCCUUGUGCGCAACACAAGCGCUUCCUACUGCUUUAUUUGCCUAGUUAAAGGCGACGUAGACUUCGUGGCGCAGGCGACACCUACAAAGCUUGGAUAGCUUGUCAUCGCUACUCGACGUACACAUACAUAGCUUUCUAUUGUAUAACAUUGGACGAAGUCAAUGGUUCUAACGAUUUUCUUUUUUUCUCUUUCUAGACGACGAUUACUACGAUCCUACCAUGGACAAUCAUAGGAUAGGUCGCACACCUUCACCAGGUCAUCCUCUUCAACAUGGAUACCAGCUCGACGAUGUCCCAUACGGGCACCACCCAGCAGUUGCUAGUAAUCUUGACAUACCUGCUGGUCCAGGAAGAUACACCCCGAGCGAUCAUCUCCCAUUGAACGCUGCGCAUUCCGCCGAUAAUCUCUCCCAGAGUCCAUACGACCAUAGCCAAGCCGGUUAUCAUUCUGACUACUCGGUAAACCCCGAGCAGCACCACGAUGCCUACUAUAACCAGCCCUAUGAGCCGCCGCAUUCUACUACCACGCCAUUCGCUGACCCCCAUGGUUAUGAUUAUGAUGACCAGCGACCAAUGCUAGCGCAGAAUGACCCUUACGCACAGGCCCAACCACAAGAACCGUACCGCGAUGACCCGCGCCAACAACAACAGGCGGGCGCUGGGAUCAAGAGAUGGAAGACGGUAAAACAAGUACUCUUGUACCGUGGAAACUUGGUUCUUGACUGCCCGGUACCACCGCGACUACUGAAUCAACUUCCUCACGGCGAGCGCGACGAGUUUACUCACAUGCGAUACACUGCUGCUACUUGCGAUCCGAAUGAUUUUUAUAAUGAGAAUUUCACUUUGCGACAGAAGCUCUUCAGCAAGCCUCGGCAUACUGAGUUGUUCAUUGUUAUUACCAUGUACAACGAAGACGAUAUUCUCUUUGCGCGAACCAUGAUUGGUGUAUUAAAGAACAUCGAAUACAUGUGUAGCCGGAAGGAAAGCAAGACGUGGGGACCAGAUGCUUGGAAAAAAAUUGUGGUUUGUGUGGUCAGCGAUGGACGUGCCAAAAUCAACCCUCGAACUAGGGCCCUUCUUUCGGGUAUGGGUGUCUACCAAGAAGGUAUUGCUAAACAGCAGGUCAACAACAAGGAUGUCACAGCGCAUAUUUACGAAUACACGACACAGGUGGGCAUGCAGAUUAAGAAUGAUGUUGUACAGCUCAUUCCCAAGAAGCAACCAGUGCAGAUGCUUUUCUGCUUGAAAGAAAAGAACCAGAAGAAGAUCAACUCCCACCGAUGGUUUUUCCAGGCGUUUGGUCGUGUGCUUGACCCAAAUAUUUGUGUUCUGAUCGAUGCCGGUACUAAACCGGGUAGCAAUUCUAUUUACCACCUUUGGAAGGCAUUUGAUCUCGAGCCUAUGUGUGCAGGUGCUUGUGGUGAGAUCAAGGCCAUGUUGGGAAGAGGUGGCAAGGAAUUGAUCAAUCCGCUUGUUGCGACCCAGAAUUUCGAGUACAAGAUGAGCAAUAUUCUUGACAAACCACUGGAAUCGGCUUUCGGAUUCAUUUCCGUCUUACCCGGUGCUUUCUCUGCGUAUCGAUAUGUCGCGCUCCAAAACGACAAGAACGGGCUGGGUCCAUUGGAGAAGUAUUUCAAGGGUGAAACGCUACACGGUGCUGGCGCUGGUGUUUUCACGGCCAAUAUGUACCUGGCCGAAGAUCGUAUUCUCUGUUUCGAGCUUGUCACGAAGCGCAACUGCCAUUGGAUUCUGCAGUAUGUCAAAUCUGCAACUGGAGAGACUGAUGUGCCUGACUCCGUGACUGAACUUAUCUUGCAACGUCGUCGUUGGCUUAAUGGUUCUUUCUUCGCGGCCAUUUACGCCAUUGCGCAUUUCUAUCAGUUUUUCCGCUCCGACCAUUCCAUCCUUCGCAAGUUGAUGUUCUUCGUGGAGUUUGUCUUCCAGACUGUUAACAUGAUAUUCGCCUGGUUUGCUAUUGGCAAUUUCUUCCUAGUGUUCAAGAUUUUGACAACGAGUCUUGGAGAUGACAAACUGGCGGGCAAAGUCGGUGAAAUUCUUGGAGUCGUUUUCGAAUGGUUUUACGGUAUAUCGUUAAUGGCAUGCUUCGUUCUGUCCAUGGGCAACCGCCCAGCGGGCUCUGGCAAGCUAUACACUGCCAUGGUUAUUUUCUGGUGUGUAAUCAUGAUAUACCUUACAUUCGCGGCUGUUUUCAUCACCGUUGUUGCCGUUCAAGAAGAAGUGGCCAAGGGCUUCCAGGUCAGCGAUAUAUUCAAGAACAAGCUUUUCUAUUCGCUUAUCGUGUCGAUGCUCUCAACUUACGGUCUUUGGCUCAUUGCCUCGCUAAUGAUGUUUGACCCAUGGCACAUGAUUACUUCCUUUAUCCAGUACCUACUCUUGACGCCGACAUAUGUCAAUGUUCUGAACGUUUACGCAUUUUGCAACACGCACGACAUAUCUUGGGGUACUAAGGGAGACGAUAAGGCCGAAGAACUACCCAAAGUCGAUACCAAGGACGGUAAAGGUAAGACCGAUUUGCCCGACGAGGGAGACUUGAACGCGCAAUACGAAAAGGAAUUGGCGGUUUUCGGCAAGAAGCACGUGGUUGUUCAGAAGCCCCCAAGUGACGCACAAAAGGCUGAGGCACAGAUGGAUUACUACCGCUGGAUCCGUUCUUUGGUGGUUCUUAUCUGGAUGAUCACCAACUUUGGCCUCGUCGCGUUAGUCCUUAGCACCGCUGGUCUUGAGAGGCUCUCCCCACAAGAAGAGGAAAACAACCAAAACUUCCGCUCGACAACAUAUAUGACAGUCAUUCUUUGGAGUGUUGCCGGGUUGAGUGCUUUCAAAUUCAUCGGCGCCCUUUGGUUUCUCAUCGUCCGUAUGUUCAGAGGCGUCUAGAGAGCUUCUGUUGCAGGCGUGUAUCAUUCAGUUACGAAUUAUCUUCUUUCACAAGGUGUCUAGAGGACGGUCCUCCUUGUAUUGUGGAGCAUUUGCUAGGUGGAAUGCUUACUUUGG